AGGUGGCAGCAGAGUAAACUGUAGUCCAUGCGGAGCUGAUGUUUACACUAGCAAGGAAGAAGGAAGUACACACUGUACCACAUCCACCACAUCCACCGAAAGCCAUCAUGUCUCGAAAGCUUUAGUCCUGUCAGAACUGCGGUAUAACUAAGUAAAUAAACAAGGGCAUGGGACGAUUACUUUGUGGAUCCAAAAGAUUUUGCAUGAACCGCUAGUUGUCGCCGUCCGAAGGGAAUAAACUGGCUUGAUCGUCAGCCAUGGGCGCUCGGUGGUCCCGCAGCUCCGUCCCGCUGGCCCUUAUCCCGCCGGGGGAGGACGCGGCGUCCCAGAACGGCGAGAACAAAGACGAGGAUGCAGACGAUGACUCGCUGAACGGCCUGGACCGACAGGAUGACAUCGCCCGGUUCCCCUACGUGGAGUUCACUGGUAGAGACAGCAUUACCUGCCCGACGUGCCAGGGCUCGGGUCGGAUACCCUCCGAGCAAGUGAACGAGUUGGUGGCACUGAUUCCUUAUAGUGACCAAAGACUGCGGCCCCAGAGGACGAAGCUGUACGUGGUUCUGUCCGCCGUGAUGUGUCUCUUGGCCUCUGCCCUGGUGGCCUUCUUCCUGUUCCCACGUUCCGUGGUCGUCGUGGACGAAGGGAUCCGCUCGGUGACGGUGCACUUCGACCACUCCGGGACCAGGGUUCUGAUGAACAUGACGAGCUCGCUGAACUUCACCAACUCCAACUUCUUCUCUGUGCUGGUGAAGAGCCUCAGCUGCCAGGUGCUGUACAUGAAGACGGUGGUGGGCACCCAGCAGCUGGACGACGUCAUCACCAUCCAGCCGCUCAGCAUGAAACAGGUGAACUACACCGUCAGCGUGGUGAUCGGGGACAGCGCCCCCUAUGUCUAUUUCUUCUGCACCAUGCCCAGUAUCAAGGUCCACAACAUUGUGGUUUUUACCCAGACGUCGGUGAAGACCUCCAACCUGGUGCGCUCGUCCCAGAACAGCCUGGAGGCCUACCGCUACAUCGACUGCGGCAGCAACUCCACCUACGCCCAGCUCUCACACCACCGCUGGCACCGCCACCCGGGCCGCAGCAGCCCUCCGUCGCAGCCCCCCCUGGCGCCCGACGCCCUCCUGCCCAACGCCUUGACGCCCAGCCCAGGACCCCCGGUCUCGUAACGGGGCUUGGAGGAGGGGGGGGGGGAGGAGGAGGAGGUGUAGAUCCACUGGACUGGAGCAACACUGGUAACAACGCUUUUGCUCACGGCGGUUAUAGUAUUUAUUUAUUCUUGUUUUUGGUUUUUUGAGGGUCCGCGCAAAGUGUGUGUGAUGGAAAGACGAAAAAAAAGCCUAUUGAGUUUUGAUAUUGAGUUUAACUUGCACUAUCGGCGAUUAGCUUUUAGUUGCCGCUUAGCCAUGGAAAGUCAGGUUAAUAGCGUUGCUUUAAUGUGGCUCAUUUGAGGCACAGCUAGGGCUUUCUGGGGAGGUACAUGGCCAAGUCUUUAUUUUUUUAUUCUGAAGGGGAGUGGUAGGAUUACUUUGAAACCCUAAGUUGUACUUUAAUUAACAAAAAGAACCAGCAAACGAUCUUCCUCUCGGGUGAACUCGGAAGGACGUGCUCCAUUCCCCUCGGUGGAUAGUGUGUUUCCCUCAGGCCCGUCCAUGACAUUCCCAACAUUUGGGCAGCCAUGGUGUUUUCAUUGGCCACAAUGGCAUCUCUCUAUGUCAGACUGCUCUAGCAACAAGCUUCUGCUAGUAGGCAUGACAAGUAACAAACAACCUCCUUCAACAGAGAGCUGUUGUUGUUGAGCGUUUAUCGAAACGAUUGGGAGCAGCUGUGUGGAAUUUGGCUUUUCGAGACAAUAGACAAAUAAGUCUUUUUUUUUUUUUUUCAAUUCAAAUCUUCUGGACUUUAAAUUGGAGAUAGUAAUUUUGCUGUGUAACACUUUUUUCACUAAGUUGACACAUGACCGUUAAGGUUAAUCUUAUUUGUUUGAGGUGUCAAGGGUCACUGGAGAUAGAGAUAAUAAACAGUCUACCUCUUGCUGAUAUCUUUUAUGUAUUUAGACAACUGAAGGACUUAACGAUUACCUUGCUCCUCACUGUAUUCUAAUGUCACAGAAAAUAACGUUGAUAAGCUCAUCUCUUCCCUCUCACCUGUACCCACUAACUCCCUCUCCACUUAACCCCUCUGCACCAUGACCUUACCAUGCUAGCCGUUUAAUACUUCCUUCAACACAGCAUUUAAAAAUAAGGGCUUUUGAAGUUUUUUGAUAUUUUGACUGAAAUGAAAACAUAUUUUUACUAGGCCACAAUUUUAUUAUUAAAAUCAUAUGACCCAUGCCAAUUAAGGGAUAGGGAUUGGGAUAAAAUAAUGAAAUAAGAGUUUCAAGAUUUGAAAGUUCACCCAUGGAUGAUAUGAUGCAUCUUUUGGGCUCUCAGCCUCAAACGUUUGAUAUAUUUCACCAAAAAAGGAAAAACAAAACCUAUUAAUUGCGGUUUAUCUUGGGACUUUUAUUUUGUUUUAAGUGAUGGCGAUUUGCAUAUGUUAUUUUUUUUUAAAUUUCAAUGAAUGAUGCUUUAAUAGAGAAUGUUAUUUAAUAUCAUUGUGGUGUUGAUUUGUUGCAAAAUAAAUAAUUAAAGGGAAUUAUGAACUAAUUGAA